AUGUGGUUUAACUGUAUACUGAUAAUCGUGCUCUUCCAAAUCCUAUUUAUAACUGUUGGUAAUUGCAUUGGGUUUACUGGUCAAGUCGUAGGAAUUCCAUCUGAAAUAGAAAGCAUUCAAGCUAAUGAACAUAAAAUUCCAGUGUUGAACGGUAUCAAUUUUCAAUCACGAUUUAACAUUGAGCUUGUUCCUUUAAACAAUCUUACUAAAUUUGAAACCUCCAAAGUUUUAGCAAACAAAGAUUUCGUAUUUAAAUUCAAUAACUUAGAAACGGGAAGUUAUGAAUUGCUCAUCAAUUCUUAUGAUUUCCUUUUAUCCUCUAACAGAUACAGAAUUCUAGUUGAAGAUCAAGAGAUAAAAGCAUAUGAAGAGGAUUUGGGUCAGGAAACUUUUAAUUUUACGUCUGAGGCGAUAAUAUCUCAACAGCCAUUAAUUGUUCCUACCAAAGGAAUUAAGCAAUAUUACGAACGUCGUCUGGGAUCCAUAUUCAAUAUGUUAUUAGACAGCCCUUUUGGAUUUAUAUUUAAAAACAAGAUCUACACUAUACUCUUCGUGGUUUGUUCGGCUAUUAUGGUGACCCCUUAUAUUAUAUCAUGGGUAAAUCCAGACUUUGCAGAACACUUCCAAGAGGUACAAGAAAAAGUUGAGACAAGAAAACGUGAAGAACUCAGUACUGCUAGGUUACAAAAGGAAAUAGAAAAAGUUCCUAAUAAGAGAAAUGUGCAACAUGGAGGAGGAUCUCUGAGACAAAGGAGAUGA